AUGGCAUCGGCAUCAACAGCGUUAACCCCAAGAAACAGCCUCCUCGCGCAGGUGUAUGAGAUCAUCGCCGCGCCUCUCAGGAUCCUCGUCAAGGUCCAGGCCAAGGCGAGUGCCCAAGAGAUCGAAGACCAGCGCAUGGAAAAGGCCAGCUGGAGCAACGAACAGAUCUUGAAGGAGGAGCAGACCCGAAAUUCUGGACGGCUGCGGAAUUCGGCUUUCGUCUUCUUUGCCUUUCUCAUAGGUCUAAUGUCUUGGGCCAGCUACAUGGACUCCACUUACGGUGGGCCUGUGCAUGGAAAGGGCUUCUGCUUCCCCGCUGGCGUCAUGCCGGCCUACAAUAUCCCUGACGCGGAGGGCAACGCUCGCCUCCCCUGCAACUGCGCUCCACUGUACAAGUGGUAUCUGGAGCCAAGUUUGACUGCUCAGCAGAUCGACGACAUGAAGGACGCGGCUCCAAAGGUGGACAGCAAGAACUGCGGCCGAACUAUGGGGGGCGAGAAGAAAGACUGCGAUCCCAGGACUGUUGGCGGAUGCGUGUGGACGAAGGAGGAUCUUGCCAGAGAUCCUACAUACUGGGAGGGCUUCACUCCCACCUACUGGGAGAAGCAAGCGAAGAC